AUGGGAGUGUAUCAAAGUGUCAAAGAUGAUGUCCGUACCGACGUGACCUGGAAUCGGGUUGCAAAGUACGGUACUAAAGGCCUCAGGGCCGCCCCAGCGGCAGCACUGUUAUAUGUCAUGGAGAAAGUCCCCAUAAUCGGGUGGCUUCCUCGUUACGAUUACCGGUGGAUCGUCAAUGACUUUGUGGCUGGCUUGACUCUUGCACUCAUGCUUAUACCCCAGAGUCUCGCCUACGCAAAAAUCGCUGCCAUCCCUGUGCAGUAUGGAUUACUCUCUAGCUGGCUCCCUGCGCUGAUUUAUGCGUUCAUGGGUACAUCCAAGGAUCUCUCUACUGGUCCAACAUCACUUAUCGGUCUACUCACGGCGGAUGUCGUUGAAGAUCUCACAAAAGAAGGCUAUACCGCGCAGGCCGUUGCAUCAGCCGUGGCUCUCAUGAUGGGCGUCUACGGCAUGCUCUUGGGGUUCUUGAAGCUUGGCUUCAUUCUAGAUUUCAUUUCCAUCCCUACCCUUACUGGAUUCAUAUCUGCCGCUGCCAUCACUAUUGGUCUUGGUCAAAUUGCGAAUUUGAUUGGUGAGAAAAAUGUCGGUACUGGAACAGCCAAUAUCAUCCAUGAUGUGUUCACAAACCUUGGCACUUGCAAUGGCAGAGCUGCAGGUAUUGGACUGUCUGGAGUUGUUUUAUUAAUAUUGCUCCAAAAAGCAGGAGAUAAAUGGGGUGCAAAGAACAGGGUCAUCUGGUUCUUGUCCAUCACUCGUGCCUUUAUCGCACUUCUCCUGUUCACUGGUAUCAGCUAUGGCGUCAACAAAGGCCUCGAUCCCAAGCACUUCCUAUUUGAGGUCAGCAAGGUGCCCAAGAGUGCCAUUGUUCACCCAAGGAUGCCAGAUGCCAACCUCAUCAAUAAGGUGGUCGGCAGGAGUAUUGCUGCCUUCAUUGCAUCUACUGUCGAGCACCUAGCCAUCGCCAGGGCCUUCGGAGCUAGGAACAACUAUGUCACAGACGCCAGUCAGGAGCUUUGUUAUUAUGGGAUCACCAACUUCUUCAACUCCUUCUUCGGAGCGAUGGGUGUUGGCGGUGCCAUGUCCAGAACUGCCGUCAAUUCCCAAUGUAAAGUCAGAUCACCACUUUCUGGCUUCGUCACGACGGCAUUCGUCAUUCUGUCGAUUUAUAAAUUCACUGGUGCUCUUUACUGGAUCCCCAAAGCCACUCUUGCAGCUAUCAUCAUCACUGCGAUCUGGCCCCUCAUAGGCACUCCCAAGAUCUACUACCAAUUUUGGAAAACGUCGCUUGCUGAUUUUAUCGCCGCCAUGGUCUCUUUCUGGGUCUCGCUUUUCGUCAGUACUGAAAUUGGGAUCGGCAGUGCCGUUGCUUGGAAUGUUGUGUAUUGUCUGCUCCGACAGGUCUUCCUUCGAGUAACUCAUGUCGGGGUUGAGUCUCGAUCCGAACUAUCUGCGUCCUUGGACUCGGUAAGGGGGUUGCCACCAAGUAUUCCUUCCGACAUCCGUGUGUUCCAGUUCAAUGAGUCUUUCUUCUUCCCCAAUGCACAUCGAUUGCGAAAAGUUAUAUUCGACGUGGUACAAACCUACCAUGCACCAGCAUAUAGCAGUAUCAACGGUGCUGAGGCUGACAGAACUUGGUCUGUCGAAGGAGAGCGGCGUGUUGCCAGGCUUCGAAGGAAAGCAAAGACAGCAGAUCAGAACCUCCCACCAAUCCACAUCAUCAUCCUCGAUUUUACGAAAGUCAACUAUAUCGACACCACUGCGACCUCGGCUCUCAAGGGCUUCUUCACUGAAGCCAUGAAAUAUGGCGGUGAUCAGCUUGAGAUACGUUUUGCCAAUGUCUCCGAGCAUGUUCGGUCGAGAUUUGAGCGUGCCGGAUGGCUCUUGCUGGAUCAUGACGCUUCAAAUGAUGAGCGAGGGCUGACAUCGGUCAGGUCUUUUAGAACCGUCACUGAGGCCGUUCUGGCGCCACGGAAACCUGACGAAGUCUUCGAGGUCGUCGUAAAGCAGGACUCAGAAGAUAAUGUAAACGUCGCCCAUAACGAGAAGCAGGUGUGA